AUGUCUAAAUCAAAUAACUGGAAGGAAACAUAUGAUAAUGUUUUAAGUGUUUUUAAUGUACCAGAGCUAAAAUCAGAAUUACGGCAGACAAAGAUAGGAGAUAUAGAGAUUUCUAGUUAUGAUUUAUUCGUUGACCUUAACAAAUAUUUUUCAAACCUCGAUAUAAAACCUGAAACUCGAAUCUUCCGAAUUUAUGCUGAUGUAGUUCAACUUUCAAAUACUUUAGAAAUUCCACUUUUGAAUGACGGUGGUGCUAUUUUGAUAGUAGCAAGGCGAAUUGAAAUUAAACCAAAAUGCAAAAUAAUUGUUAAUUACAAAAAAUCUUUCCGAAUAGUAAUUUACACUAUAGAAAUGACAUCUGAACUUGAAAUUAUUGCAAAUAAUGAUUCAUAUAAAUUCGAAAUUAAAGAUUCAAAAAAUGUUGGUAAAAUACUUACUAUAUGCAAUGGAAAAAGUCCAGAAUAUAAGGAUAUACGUAUAUUUGAUAACAUUAUCCUUAAAAAUAAUACAUUCCUCAAAAUUUUACAAUACACUUUAAAUAUCGCUAUUGCCUUAUUUUAUGAUAAUCUUGGAAUUACACGACCAAUUCUCUCUUGGAUCAUAAGAAUAACAAGACAAUCUGAACGUGAAGAAACAAAAGAAUUAUAUUAUUAUGCAUUGACGAUACUCACGAAACUUAAUACCAUAGAUAAUAGAAAAGAAAAUAAUAUUAAAUUU